AUGGCUAACAACACAUCAACUCAAUAUCAAAUCUUCUCAUCUUCUUCUUGCUUUCAUCUUCCGGAUCCUUCAUUCCAACAAGUUUCAGAACGAUUUCUCAUGAAUCUUUUGACAGCCAUCAUCAAUAUUAUUUCCUCUCCCUUUGCUGUCGUUUCAAACCUUUUUAUUGCUGUUGCUGUUUUCUAUAAUAACCGACUUCGAACACCGUCAAAUCUUCUGAUAGGUUGCUUGGCGCUCUCAGAUGUCUUGGUUGGCCUUGCAGUUCAACCAGGUUGUAUCACCUACAGACUCAUGGAAAACCAACAUCGAACAGUUCCUUGUUUUGUUCGUAUUGUGUACUGCAAUGCAUUCUAUAUUUGUUGUGGAGUGUCUUUUAUGACCCUCGCGGCUGUUAGCUAUGAGCGGUUUGUGGCGGUCCGACUUCAAGCAACGUACAAUGGUGUGUUCUCUCCAAGACGAGUUAUGAAGUACAUGGCGGCUAUCUGGUUGCUGAAUCUCCUACUAACAAGUUUGCAAUGGGCAGGUAUAAACCAAGUUAUCAGGGGCGUGCAUUUGAUCGUAUGGUUUUUGUGUCUUUUGGUCUCCGGAAUUGCACACUUCAGAAUUCUGAUAGUUUUGAAUCGACAUCGUCGUCAAGUAUCCUCGAAAAAUCAACUAGCCAUUGAGCAGGUCCGCAGACGAAGAGAAGAGAAACUUAGCAGAAGCAUCUCAUUCAUCGUCGGAGUUUACUUUCUCCUUAAUUUGCCUGUUUUAUUUGUAACAGUAUAUCACCAGAUUUUAGAACAGGACAUUAUAACUUAUAACCACUAUAGUUGGUCGGAAACCCUUGCUUUUCUCAACUCUUGUACAAAUCCACUUCUUUGCUUGUGGAAGAACAGACAAAUUCGUCAAGGGGUUAUGUCUCUAAUGGGUACUCGCCGUAUUCUUUCUCGUAAGUAG